AAUGGCUGUAAACCUUUCAUAUCCUACUUUCACAUUCAACCUUAAAAUUGCAAAAAUUGAUGUCCAUCCAAAAGCAAUAUAUCCUGUGUUCUUCUUUGGAGCUCUGAUCUAUGUGUUCUCUGUGUUCUGUAAUGGAACCAUUCUUGGACUGAUAAUCACCCAAAGAAACCUUCACAAGCCGAUGUUCUACAUCCUGUUCAGCCUCCCUCUAACCGAUUUAAUUGGAAUCACUUCUGCUCUGCCCAGGGUGCUUGUGGACAUUAUAACAGAAACAAAUGAUGUGUAUUACCCUACAUGUGUUCUUCAGGCUUUUUUGAUACAUAUGUAUGGAGGUGCAAUACUUUUUCUACUGGCAGCCAUGUCGAUUGACCGGUACAUAGCAAUAUGCAACCCACUCAGAUACAAUUCUAUUAUGACUCCUGGCAGAAUAUAUGGACUCAUUGCACUGGCAUGGAGCAUGGACCUUGUCUUAGUACUUGUUUUAUUUUCCCUUCAAUCUAGAAUGGAGAAAUGUAAGUCUUUCAUUGCUAAUGUGUACUGCGACAACCCAUCUUUGCUUUUGCUUUCAUGUGGAGGGGAUUUUACAGUGAAUAACAUUUAUGGUUUAUCUAUAACAGCAUUUAUGCAGGUAAUCAGUGUCUCUGUCCAGCUGUACUCCUAUACGCAAAUUCUCAUCACGUGUAUAAAACAAACACAUUCUGAUUCAAAAAUAAAGGCUGUAAAUACAUGUAUGGCCCAGAUUGCUACAUUUAUUCUCUUUGAAAUAAUGUCAACCAUUAUUAUAUUAUCAUAUCGGAUCCCUUAUUUUUCUUCCAGUGCACAGAGGAGUUUUGGUUUGAUGAUUUACACAGUCCUUCCAGUUGUCAAUCCAAUCAUAUAUGGAAUGAAAACUAAAGAUAUCAGAAUAGCUUUCUUUUUGGUUUUGAAAAGGAACAAAAUUGGUCCAGGUAAAAAUGCAUCUGUUGUUCAAAACAGAAAAUAAUAAUUAUAAUUGAAUGUA